GGUCAAAGGUGAAACUCGUGGUUUGGAUGUUUAGCGGGCUCCAAAACAAACUCGGUUGCUAGUUUUUUUUUCCCCCUCUUCCGUCUAAUUUCCGAAAGGAUCACAUCCUCUCUGUGUAACCAGGUUUGACUGGGAUAGUUCAUAUUCGUUUCGUUUUAAACUCCGCCGUGUUGUUACAGAACUCUUUAGCGUCCAGUUUGUUAUUUAACAGAGUUGACUUCACUAACUAGCGGCUAACAGUUAGCUUGGCUGGUUUCCCCGGGUUACUGUUCUCUUCCACAGUCAGCUGUCUAAUAAAACUGCAUUAACAAACAUCAUUUUAAUACCCUUCAAACAUCCGCGAGUUUAUUCUAUAAUACUAAGCCAGGCAGAAGAGUGAAGUGAUUUGGCUAGCAGAGCUGAGUGAGUGUAGUAAUGGCGGAGAGACCGGAGGACCUGAACCUGCCCAACGCUGUCAUCACCCGCAUUAUCAAAGAGGCUUUACCAGACGGUGUAAAUGUGUCCAAAGAAGCAAGAAGAGCCAUAUCUCAAGCAGCCAGUGUCUUUGUUCUGUAUGCGACAUCAUGCGCCAACAGCUUUGCCAUGAAAGCCAAAAGGAAGACUCUAAACGCUGGGGAUGUGAUGUCUGCUAUGGAGGAGAUGGAGUUUGAGCGUUUCUUGCCACCUCUGCGUGAGGCUCUUGAGGCCUACAAAAAGGGCCAGAAGGGGAAAAAAGAGGCAUCGGAACAGAAACGUAAGGAUAAAGAGAAGAAGAACGGCACGGAGGAAACCGACAAGAGCAGAGAGGAAGAAGAGGAUGAAGAAGAACACAUGGAGGAUGAGCAGGACGGAGAGAAUGAUGGAGAGGAGGAGGAUGUGGAGAACUGAGUGGGGAUGGCAGAAGUUCAGCACAGUUUUCGACCUGCCCUGGUUCAUAAACGUACUCUAGUUGUGUGUCGACUUUGCAGAGGAAAAGAAAGAGAAACAAACGGCCAGAAAUUGAUCUCUAUGAAAAAAAAAAACCAUUAGGGACAGAGGAUUAAGAGAAGGUGACCUUGUUCCCAUCUCGAUCCUGUUUAUAGGAUGUGUCCAUGUUCCAAGUUCUCGUUGUCCCAGUCUUCUCAGCAGCAGUAUACUUGGUCUCUUCACCUGCACAGCUAAGCCUAGAAAUUAAAGUUGACCAUAUCCGCGUUCCUGGAGCUUAAACAGAGCGAGUGCGGGUCUGCAUGUACAUUCUGAAAUUUUUGGGUCUUUUGGUGCUUCAUCUUGGAAUAAAUUGUCCAGGAAAUUCUGGCAGCACAUUCAAAAAAAAAAUUCCGGGAAUGUGGAAAAUGCAUUGUUGAAACGGAGACAAAGAUGUUUUUGAUAGUUUCUUCACGUUUGGGCCAGGGCUUUGCUGGCAUCAGGCUGCGAGGUGUUUUAAUACUGUUGAAUAAAUUUGUACUUUUGUAGAACUCGGUCAGGCUGUCUUUUUCAUAUUAAAAGAUUUUUGUGGAAAUGUU